AUGGCUUCUCGAUUCCCCUCCUCAACCCUCCACCAACGCGACUCCCGCUCCGACCUCUUCAAAGGCUACUCCGGCGGCCCUUCCUCCCGCACCGCCUCCCCAUCAACCUUCAACUCCCAACCCGGCCGAGCAGGCGGCGGGUAUGGCUACGGGGGGUACACAAGCAACAAUGGCAGUUCAUCACUAGGAAUCGGCGAGGGGAGUUCCGGCAAUGGCGGGUAUCGGUCAGCGACUCCAAAUCGAAAGGGCCAAUACUCAGACGCGGUCCUCAACGAGCUCGAAUCCCAAAACGACGCCCAGGUCGACGGCAUCCUCGGCAAGGUCCGGAUACUCAAGGACAUGACGGUUGCGAUUGGGGACGAGAUCAGGGAGAGCUCGGCGCUGGCGGAGAAGAUGAACGAGGGCUUUGAUAACACGAGAUUGAGACUGAGGGGGACGAUGAACAGGAUGUUGGUCAUGGCCGAGAGGACGGGGGUUGGGUGGAGGGUUUGGUUGGCGUUUUUCGCGGCGGUGAUUGUCUUGUUUGUUUGGGUAUGGUUGUUUUAG